AUGCCCUCCUCCGAGAAUGGUGUGGCCCCUGCGCACCAUCCCUCCGGUGACCUGAUGCCCCGGGAAGCCUGCCUCCGGCGACCCGCACCGCCCCCGCACGCCCUUCUUGCUGCGACCGGCUCCGCCCUUCAGGACAUCCCUCCAGCGACUGACGAGGCCAAAAGCACCCUCGCCGCCCCGCUGCCCUCCGGCGACAUCCUCCAUGGAGGCCUCUAUGUGGCUCCAUCGGAACGAACAACGCGACGGAGGGAGGCGGCAGAUGCAUCGUCAUCGUUGGAAGGAAUGGCGCGGCGGUCGCUCGAAGGCCUUGUGGCCUUCCUGGUCUCCUGCUUCCGCUACUUCCCGCCCGAGGAGUCCUUCCGCUACCUACGCGCGGCGAGGGCCGACCUCCGCACCGCCGUUCGCCUCGUCGAGUCGGAGCGGUCCAGGCAUUCCGCGUGGACUCCGGUAGCUGCGCGGGGGCGGUCCCAUUCGCCGGUGGUAAUUGCACGGGGCGACGCCGGUCACCUAAGCUCCCCGUCCAGCCUCGGCCCGGCAGCCUCUGUCCCCGCCCCGGUGACCUCCGCCCCCACCCCGCACGCCCCGGCGAGCUCCGCCGCGCCACGCCCUGGCGAGCUCCGGCCCAGGUCCUUCCCGCACGCGGCCGACGACUCCCUCGCCCGUGCCCGCUCGGCGCGCCUCGCCGUGCCCGUGCGCGGCCAGCGGCGCCCGCCCGUCCCGCGCGUGGCCGGCGCGGCUCUGCUCUGCAGCGGCGGCGGCCCGAGGCGCGGCUCUGCUCGCAGCGGCGCGGGCGCGGGCACGCCCAAGCCGCCGACGCUCGCCGGCCACACGCCUCCAGCCGCGCCACGCCCAGGCCGCCGCUCCGCUUCUCCCCUCCCCUCCCGCUCUGCUCCAUCUCGAGCUCCGCCCCGGCAGCUUCCGCCCGCGUCGACCUCCGUCCCGGCAGUUCCCGCCCGCGUCGACCUCCGCCCCGGCGAGCUCCGCCCCGGCGGUCCCCGCCCGCAUCGGCCUCCACCCUUGGGAGCUCUGCCCGCCCGCGUCGACGUCCGCCCCGGCGAGCUCGCUCGCCCGCGUCAACCUCCGCCCGCCCGCGUCGACCUCCGGCGAGCGGCCAGCGGAGGCGGCCCGAGGCGCGGCCACCGGCGCUUGCGUCUUGGCGGGGCGCGGUGA